AUGGGCACUAGAAGAUCAGCCAGUGAAUCAGAGGACACUAGCCACAUCAACAACAAUAGCCCAAUUGAUCAAGGAAUGGAAGAAUCUUCUGCAAGACUAGAGAAUAAUCAACAUGAUGAUGCAGUUGAAAUGAAUUUUAAUGGGAUUGAAAAGGAAAAUAAUGGGGAUGAAACUGAAAAUAAUGACACUGUAAUGAGUGUUGAAGAGAAUAUGGGAGGCAAUCAGGGUUUCCAGUACGAAGAGGACGUUUGGACAGAGAUCGCCAAGUAUCUAGAAGGAAAGUCACUGGUGAUGCUCGCAACGACAUGUCGUUGGUUCCACGGUCUGAUUAUGGAAGGGAGCAUAUGGAAGUACGCGUGCCUGCGUGAUCUUCAGGUCCCUGCUCCUGUCCACGUGGCAUUCAAUUGGAGGAACCUCUACGUUUCAGCCUUCGAUGGAAGCCAUUCUUACAUGUUCCGCCAGAAGGAGAAGCAUAUUGACUGGAUGCGGAUUGGUGCAUUUUCCGUUGAAUCUUCAGAAGCACUCUUGACAGAAAGGCUGAGAAACCCAACGAAACUCCCAGAAGAAGAUACCAUGCAGAAAAUGUUGGAGGCCUGCGGCUAUUGUGUGCUGGAUAACGUUAAAGCUGGGAUAUGGAUAGCUGAUCUCCAACUUGUUCGAUGCCCCGUCUGCGAGCUCAAUACAUGUGAUGGAACAAUGCAGACACUGGAUGCAAGGCAUAUAGAAUUGUUCUUGAGCGAGGGGUAUCAGAAUGGAAGCUGGGAAUACGAACUUAUCGGUUCCCAUGAUGUCAAAAAGCAUGUCGAUGGUGCUUCGGGGGCUAUUUUCGAUCUCAAACACCUCAAUGACUCUCCAACAUCUGCAGUCUUUAAUCUCAAGUCAUGGGUUGGUAAACCGAACGACUGGCAACCAAAGGCUAUCAUUACUCUACAUUCAGUUGCAGUCAACACCAACUUACAGAAAAAUGAAGGACUUCAAGUCAAAUACCAAGUGAUGAGAGCUGGAGCUGGAGGUGAAGUUGUAUCUAUUAGAAUCUCUCAGCAGCUCCUGUAAAGUCCCAUCC